UGCCUCCCCAUAAAUCCGUUUGGGCUGGAAAGAGUUCCGGAUUCCUCUGCAAGCGCUAAGCGAAGAAACAGUGGCUGCAGCAGUCUUUGGCAAUGUGGCUCUAUGUGGCGGCUCUGCUGGGUCUCUAUUUCCUUUUCCGACGGUACCGUGAGCAGCAAAUCUUGGGCAACCUGACGGAGAAGUAUGUUUUCAUCACUGGCUGCGAUUCCGGGUUUGGAAACUUGUUGGCCAGGAAACUGGACGCUCGGGGAAUCCGUGUCCUGGCAGCUUGCCUCACGCAGCAGGGGGCAGAAAAGCUGAAAGAAGCCACAUCGGAACGGCUGCAGACCACCCUCUUGGACGUGACCCAAACGGAAAGCGUGGCCAGAGCAGCAAAAUGGGCAAAAGGCAUUGUGGGAGACAAAGGCCUUUGGGGAUUGGUGAACAAUGCUGGCAUUUCAGUCCCAACUGCCCCCAAUGAGUGGCUGACCAAGGAGCACUUCAAGAAGAUCAUAGACAUAAACUUGCUUGGUGUGGUUGAUGUAACCAAACACAUGUUACCUUUGAUGAGAAGAGCCAAGGGGAGGAUUGUCAAUGUUUCCAGCAUAAUGGGGAGGAUAUCCUUGUUUGGUGGUGGCUACUGUCCAUCAAAAUACGCGGUGGAGGCUUUCUCUGACAGCCUCAGGCUCGAGCUUGCCGCCUUUGGAGUGAAGGUCUGUAUAAUAGAACCAGGCUACUUUCAAACGGCUAUCACAAAUGAGAAGAUAUUGGUAGACAACUUCAAUAGCCUCUGGAAGCAGCUCCCAGAGGAGACCAAGAAAGCAUAUGGGGAGCCUUACUUAAAUCAUAUGCUUGAUUCAACCAUUAAGAUGCAAAAAGGCUGCAAUCCCAACCUCUCUCUGGUUACUGACUGCAUGGAGCAUGCUCUGACAUCUGUGUAUCCCCACACUCGCUAUUCAGCCGGCUGGGAUGCCAAGCUGUUUUAUAUCCCUAUGAGCUACAUGCCAACAUGGCUGCCACACUGGAUAGUAAGCCGCUCUUACCCCAAACCAGCACAGAGCUUUUAGAGUGAUUGUUAAGUGUCAGAGGGGUUGGAAAGUAGAACCUCUUUUUCAGUAAAAAAUAAAAAUGUUUAAAAGAG